GGGCACUGCCUCGGGGACCUUUCUCAGUCUUCCCUUUGUUUCUACAGCAGGCCAAACUUGACGCUCAGCUCCGAAACAAAGAGUUUUACCGGCCAGUGCCCAACCCCAACCCCAGGUUGGAGGAUGGGUACCCUGCCUUCAAAAGACCCUACAUGACUGCGAGAGACUUGGGACUCCCUGGCUUCUUCCCGCCCCAGGCUCCGGUAGCCCCUGUGAAGAACGAGAGCAGGUUCACCAGCACCUGCCAUGCUGCGUACCCAGCUUCCCUGGCUCUGUACAUGGCCCAGUUUGAGCCCCACCGGCUUCACCAGAGAGCAGACUUCCCAUGCCUCAUGGAGCCUGAGCUGCAGCCUGCUCCAGAUGUGGCCAAAGGCUACCUUCUACUCCCUGGCUGUUCCUGCCCUUCUCAUCAGAGAGUCAAGGUCCCCAUCUUGAACAGGUGGGGCCCCUUGAUGCCGUUUUACCAGUAGAGGUGUGAGAAUGCCUGUUGUUUCAAAGCAUGACAAAGUUCCACACCAACGCUCACAGAGAAGGCACCAAAAAUAAACCUGGGAAGAUGUUCCUUA